GACAACUUUUUCCGAGCAACGGACCCACCCUACCCUCAUCCACCUCUAACCAUCCAAAAGCUCGUGUCUCUGGCUCUCUCCGCCAAGCACAGCAUCAACAUCACAAGGAGCGACCAUCCCCCUCUCUCCGCCACUCUCUCUUUCCUCUACCUCUUCCUGUUCUCAUCGCAAAAAUGUCGGAGCCAGUCAUUCUCGGUAUCAACUUUGGCCAGUCGUACGCGUCCAUCGCCGUCAUUGACAAGGAGGGCCAUGCGUCGUGCAUCGCCAACGAGGACGGCGAGCGCCAGAUCGCCUGCGCCAUCUCGUACGUCGAGGACCAGGUGUACAUUGGCAACGGCGCCAAGCAGCACCUCGUCAAGAACGGGCACAACACCAUCAUGGGCUUCCGCAACCUCCUUGGGCACACCUACGACGAGGUCGACCACACUGCCAUCCUCGCCGCGCCCCUCAUCCCCGAGUCCAAGACCCCCGCGUACACCGUCGACAUCAUGAUUCCUCCCCCGAAGCCCGCCUCCACCCCGGCCUCGCGCUUCGCCUCGGCUGCUCCCUCGGGCACUGCCACCCCCGUGCCCCAGGAGCCCACGCCCGCGAAAAAGACCAUCACCGUGCCCGAGAUCACCACCCUCUUCCUUCAGAACCUCUUCGCCUCGGCGACUGACUUCCUCGGCUCCACCCCCACCCACUGCGUUGUCUCGGCCCCCACCUGGUUCACCCCUGAGCAGACCAAGGCGCUCGAGGACGCCGCCAAGGAGGCCGGCAUCAACGUCAUCGACGUUCUUGACGAGGCCGCCGCCGUGCUCGUUGGCUACCGUGUCGGCAUGCCCGAGGAGCGCAAGGAGCGCGGUCUCCUUGGCUCGCCCGAGGAGGGCAACGCCGGCGAGGAGGAGGUGCGCGACAAGAAGGUUGCUGUUCUCGACAUGGGCGAGACCUCGCUUUCGAUCUCGGUGAUUGCCGUCGCCGACGGCGAGUACACCGUUCUGGGCAAGGGCCGUGACGACAAACUCGGCGGCCGCGAGUUUGACGACCACCUCAUCAAGCACUUUGCUAAGGAGUUCACCAAGAAGACCAAGAUCCCCCUUGAGCUGCCCUGCUCCGAGUCUUCGUCGGCGCAGGACAAGCGCGCCGAGGCCAAGCUCCGCCUCGCUAUCGAGCACACCAAGCGCUCGCUCUCGGCCUCGUCGGGUGCGGCCACCUGCGCUGUCGAGUCGCUCAAGGACGGUUACGACCUCUCGACGGCCGUCAACCGCAUCCGCUUCGACGGCCUCGUCUCGUCUGUCUACUCCAAGGUCGGCGACAAGCUCAAGUCGGUUGUUUCGGAGGCUGGCCUCGAGCUCUGCCAGAUCGACGAGGUCCUCCUCGCUGGCGCCUCGACCCUCUUCCCCGGCCUCCAGCAGCACCUCUCCUACCUCGUCCCCCCCACCGUGCCCGUCACGUCCGCGUGCGACCCGUCCGAGGUGAUCGCCAUCGGCUGUGCCCUGCAGGCGCUGCACCUCGCGCACCUCGACUCGCGCCUCAAGGUUGAGGACGUGCUGGCGCUCGCCGCCAACCCGCUCCCCACUUCGGCCGCGCCGAUCGGCCUCGCGCUCCCCGGCGCCGAGGGCGACGAGCUCGUCAAGAUCAUGGAGGUCGGCGCGCCCCUGCCCGCGCGGAGGCGAGUGGCGAUCCCCGUCGCGGCCGGCGCUGGCCGCGUCGCCGUCGAGGUCUGGGAGGGCAAGGACGCCGUCAAGGUCGAGAAGAUGGACCCGCCCCCGAAGGACGAGGACGACGAGGACGAGUUCAGCGACGACGAGCCCGAGGAGGUCAGGACAGGUGUCCUCCAGAAGAAGAUGUGCUUGGGCGCCGUCGAAGUCAAGGUCGCCGACGGCAAGCAGCUCAUCCUCGAGGUCAUCGUCCAGAAGAACGGCUCCGUCAAGGUCGCCGCUUGGGAGGAGGGCAACGAGUCUGCGGCCGACCGCUUCGAGGUCGCUGUUUAAGUUGAUAGACGCAUACAAUGUAUGGGAUAGACGUG